AGAAUGUACUACAAAGUGCCAUGACAAGGACAUGCCCUCGGUGAAGAACAAGUAAGUUUUACUAGUGAAACUAUUUAAUCAACUAGCAUUGUUGAGUCAAAAGAAACUCGUUUUCAUAUGAUAGUAAUUUAACAAUUCCGGCAAGAUUACCUACAAACACGUGUUGUUCAGACAUUCGGUAGAUGUAGUCCACAACACGUGAUGUUCAUGCAUUCGGUAAAUGUAGUCCACAAACACGUGUUGUUCAGGCAUUAGAUUAACGUAGUUUUUUGGGAACUAUUUUAAGCACCCAUAUUGAUAAAUAGAAACUAAUGAUGCUUAGGACGAUUUAUUUACGCUGCUAUCUGCAUCACUUCAACAAACAUAUUUAGUUCAAACAUUUUUUUCUUUUAUUUUCUCGAUGUCAUUAUCAUUUUACUUAAGAUUAUGAAACAAGGCAACAUACUUGUGUGAACCCUACUAUCUAUUUUAUUACAUAAAAGGUUUACUAAUCAUUAUUCAUAUAAUAUAUACAUCUACUUAAAAACAUGAUGAUAAUGAAAUGGGAUCAAUGAAAAAUGCGAAGAUAACGAACAGUGAUCAAUCUCAUAACUCCUAUAACAAAUACAAAAUUAAGAGUUGGGCUGACACGGACCUGUGGACACAUCAGAGGUGGGAUCAGGUGCCUAGGAGGAGUAAGCAUCCCCUGGCGACCGGUCACACCCGCCGUGAGCCCUAUAUCUUGAUCAGGUAAACGGAGUAAUCAAUAGUGAAAAUCAGUGUGUAAAGAACGGCCUAACAAUUUGUAUGAACAACAUCAGGCACCAUUUGACUUAAGAAUAGGUGAGUGUAUGGAUAAAACUGGACCGUUAUGACUUAUAACGACCAUAGACUUUGAGAAAUGCUGAUUUUAAACGAGACUGUUGAACCCCCUGUAACAAAAACUUGUUUGUCAGUACCUUGUCUCUAUUUUAACUCCGAUCAUGCGAUGAACAAGGUCUUGCAUAUUGUAUCAGUUGAAAGAAAUAAACACCAUAUGCAGGUGAUACUGGAAUAUUGCAACACAGUUUUGGAAAUUCAACGAUGGAAAACCUCUUCUCGUUUAUCAGGGAGUUGUGUUGUUCGUUUGCCAUUGUUUAUGUUGAAUAUAAUAUCCAAACAUGAGACAGGUAUGUAAGACUUAAAGUGUUAAAUGGGAUGUGCUGAAUCUACAUAUGAAGCAUAAUUUAUUCAGAAACUUCUACGUGAGAAGAAGAAAAAUCACUUAAAUAUAUCGACGACGUUUUAUCCAUUAAAAACGAUAACUUUUCUUCAUAUGUCGAUUCGAUAUGUCCCUGCGAGCUCGAAAUAAAAGAUACCACAGAGUCGUCCACUUCUGCUCCAUACUUAAAUAUUUUAUUGAAAGUAGAUAUUAACGGCAAACUAACAACUCAACUUUAUGACAAACGGGAUAAUUUCAGCUUCUUCAUCGUCAACUUCCCAUAUUCAUGUAGCAAUAUUCCAUUAUCACCUGCAUAUGGUGUUUACAUCUCUCAACUGAUUCGAUACGCAAGAGCUUGUUCUGCAUAUGGUGAGUUUUUAAAUCGAGGACAGCUACUGACAAACAAAUUUAUGGUACAGGGGUUUCAAUACUCUCGUUUUAAAGUUAGCAUUUCGCAAAUUCUAUGGUAGUUAUAGCCAAUACAACCUAUCAUUGGGUCAAAUGCUGUCGGUCGACAGGGAAUGUUUACCCCUCCUAGGCACCUGAUUCCACCUCUACUGUGUCCAGGGGUCCGUGUUUGCCCAACUAUCUAUUUUGUAUUGCUUAUGGGAUUUAUGAGAUUGAUCACUGUUCGUUAUCUUCAUCUUUCAUAUGAAUGAAUAGAUAAACCUUCGUCGAUGUACAUAUAUCUAAAUGUCGAGUUGCAGGUUACAGCGGGAAAUUGUUUCUUCUCAUGAAGAAGCCUUUGACAUCUGACCAGCACUCUUGAUAUUAAUGCACUGAUGUAUUCAUAUUUAUUUGAGACAGCCUUUCCAAUUUUAGAAUGACUUGCAAUAAAGUUCCGAGACUGUGGAAACCCAAACCAAGAACAGAGACGUUCCAACCGUGUCCAAAUCCAACAUUACUGAUUAGAUUGAUAUUUUUCAAUGAAUUAUAAAAAAAAAUUAUUAACAGUCUUAAACCACUAGAGAAGAUAAAAUCCCAUAAUUGUUGCUCUUUAAUGCACCCUAUAGUGUAAGCCUUAUAGUCUACCAACUGACCUACUGGAAUGUAUCUAAAUUUGUAACAAGCAGCAUGAAAAAGUGAAAAUAACGAACAUUGUUCAACAUCUAACUACAAGAACAUUUUACCAUGAACUGCAUAAAGCUAUUCAAUUACAACUAGAUCUGUCGUAAUGGGAAAAACGUGAAGAUAACACUGUAUUUUCUAUAGGAUUUGAUAUUGAUCCCUGUUGGUUAUCUUCACUUCGACCUUUGGAUAGUGGCGGAAUGUACAGAUGUAUCAUGGAAAAUACUACAAAUUCCUAUGAAUUUAAAGGAAUCAAUCUGAAAAUAUAAAGUGCAUAGUUUUACAAAUCAUAUGUGUACAACAUUUCCACAACAAAAUCCCCGGACAAAAUGCACCCACGGCUAGUCGUCGUGAAAUCAACUUGCCCCCAAACUUCGUUUACGGAGGUAUAAUUGUCUGCCAUGCAAAGGAUUCUCAAAAUAUUGAGAGGACAGCAUAUUCCUAUGUCCAGUUUGACCCUUGACCAUGUGAUACCAAAAUCAAUAGGAGUCAUCUUCUCCUGAAGAUGUACCAGUGAACCAAGCCUGAUGUCUGUCAAGCAAAGGGUUCUCAAGAUAUUGAGCGGGCAAGGUCUUCCUAUGUCUAGAGUAGAUUGACCCUUGACCUUAAAAACCACUGGGGUCCUCUUCUUCGCAUAACCAACCCACAUAUGAAAUAUCACUACGAUCAAGUGAUUGGUUCUUAAGAUAUUGAGCGGACAACGUGGUCUACCGACCGACAUACCGACCGAUCGACCGACAGGUGCAAACCAAUAUGCCUCUCUUCUUCGAAGAGGGACAUAAAAAUGUAAUGAUAGCCAUUUCCCCAUGAACGCGCUGCAAAUGCACAUUAAUACAGAUAAAUAUACAUGUAGUUGUCUAUUUACAGCUGCGAAUUCCCACUGAAAUGAAAGUAGAAUCAAAAUAUAAUUGUUGAAAAUGAAUGAGGGUAUUUGCUGGAACGCUUCAUGCUGGAAUACAUUCCUGAUUUAGUUUGAAACAUAAAAUUUAUUUCUUAAAUAUAAACAGUAGUUAUAGGAAAGCAUUGUGGGUUAUAGUAGAGUUUUUUUUAGUGUCUGUGAUGCACAAGAAAUAUCCUCAAAUACGGUUAAAGGUCCUUACUUAACAAUGAGUGAAAGUAAAAGUAUCAUGUACAUUGAUUAAGGGCACUCGAGAUUUGCUUGAAUACAAGAUCGAGAUGGCUCGGAUGAACAUUUUGAUCCAAGUGUCUCUUAUAUCCUAAUACUCUCGUCUACGCAACUUAUGUUGUCACAUAAUACAUGUGACUAAUAUACAACGUGUGACACCUCUCCGAGUUUUAGAUGAUUUCUAUAUCAAUAUGUAUUUACAAGGUGCGAAAUAAUGCUUCAAUAUUUCACAUUUCAGAAAUUCAAGUGUCUCUUUUCUUCGCUGGAACGAUUGUACUUUUUGAAAUCUGAAAUAUCAAGAUGGACACAGAUAGUCUUGGAAAUCCAGUGGAUCGAGGCUGGUCCUGGGUGAUUUUAGGAGAUACACCACCUGUCUCCUACCCGAAUAAACGAAAGUGAUCAAUCAAAUUUCCUGAAAACAUAACGAUUAACAAUCUCCCUGAAAAUUAUUCCGUUUCAGCGGCACGGAUCAGUAACACUGUUUAUUCUAUGUAAUUUGUAAACCUGCACAUUGUAGAUGCGGUAAAAAAAUUUUUUUGUUAAUUUCAGCAUGUUCUGUAAUUUCCUUUCUGCACAUCGGAUCAAUCAAGGCCUUUGGGCUGUUCUUUGUUGAAUUUUUGGAGAUAUUUGAUGCAAGUGUUUCUGUGACAUCACUAAUAUCAUCCCUUCAGAACGUGUUUUUUGCCAUAGUAGCCCUUCCUGUUUUAUCCAUAGGAAUAAACUUCUGGUCUUCGCGGUGUCUCUGUCUGAUUGGCGCCAUUCUUUGUACGUCUGCCUAUGCUUUAAGUGCGUUCGCGAUGAGCGUGGAAUUCCUCAUCUUCACUCUCAGCAUUGUCUUUGGUUGUGGUUCAGGAUUCCUGUUUCCGCCAAUGUUAGUGAUUCUUGGGAAAUAUUUUAAAAAGAGGCGAGGAUUUGCAAAUGGUCUGACUAUGGCGGGGGCAUGUCUAGGAGGAUUGGCGUAUCCAUUGUUUAUACGGUUCUGCAUAGACGAGUAUGGGGUCCGAGGGGCACUGUUUUUAGUGGCUGGCGUGUAUAUGCAUAUAUUGAUUGCUGCAAGCCUACUUACUCCUCCAGAACAAUAUAGAGCGAAGAAAACUGGCAAUCUUCCUGAAAGGGAAACUCUUCUACAUUCACCAAUAGUUAAGAACACAGACAACCUAAAGUUUAUAAAAGAGACAGGCAUCAUUUCGACGUCACUUCCUAAUAUUCGAGCAACCCAAGAACCAGUCAAAAAGAGACGAACGGUGACAAUUUCAGAGGAUGAACAUGUGUCAACGUCGAAAGAACACAAAACUGCUUCUUUUUCUCAAUAUCUUAGUAACAUUAGCUUAAUGUCUAUAUCUUCAGUGGAUCUUAGGUUUAAAAAAUCAGCGAAAAACGUUAACAACAAAAGCAUGAAGUGGUAUGACUACAUAAAGAAUAUGGAUUUUUCAGUUCUAAAACAAACCGAGUUCACCCUGUUUUUAGUCAGCUUUUGCUUCUCUGUAAUCCCCGCCAUUUUUUACGUGUACCUACCUGCAUUUGCUCGAGAGAGGGGUAUCACAGACAGAGAGAUUCUUAUAUUAGUGUGCCUUGCAGGUUUCAUGGAUUUUUUAGGACGAGUUUCUUGGGGCUAUUUGUCUGACAAUCCUCGUAUCCGUACUUCUCACAUCAUUGUUUCAACCAUGCUUAUUACUGGUACAAUAUCGCAAAUGACUCGCCUCCUACAUUCGUUUUGGAGUUUCUGUUUAUUUAUUAUACUGUAUGGAUUGUUUGCGGGAUCUCCAUUUGCACUUUUCUCUCAUAUGACGAUCCAAAUAGUCGGGAUCGAGAAAUUUCCAACUGCGUAUGCAUUUUUGAUUUUAGCUCAAACAUGCACCUUUGCAACGACCAUUCCAUUUGCAGGAUAUCUUAGAGAUAUGACUGGAAGCUAUUUUGCUCCUUGCCAUUAUAUCGGAACCAAUGCCCUCCUAUCGGCUCUGCUGUUUUUAUUGGAACCUUUGGCACAAAGAAGGGAUUCUGAGAUCAGGAUCAAGCUAGAAUCCACGAUAUCUCACAAUGGUAACAAGACAAUCGAUAAACAAACGACUAACACCAAGAACUAACCAAUCUUUCCUACAGAAAAAUGGACAGAACUGAAUAUUUUAUUGGGAUUCUGAAUGAGAUUUCGUCUUUGUUCGAUGUUAAUGGAUGAGGUGAAAUGUUUAAUGAAUAUUAUUGUAAUUGAUAUAUGCGAAAUGUGUCUCCAAGAAUUGUGUCUCUGUUUUAUAUGUUUGAAAAUAUGGAAAAAUUAAAACAUAAAAGACCUCUA